GUGGCACUUUGCUUAGAGUGAAUAGAAAAAACCAUCAUGGACAUGACAGCAGGUUGGACGUCUGUGCUCUAUGAGAGGAGCGUCGCCAAGGUCCUCGUGCUUCUCUUCUGCCCAGAUUAGUACUUGCCAAUUGGAUCAUGGAGCCAGAUGCAGCAUGGGUACCUUGGGACUCUCAGCUGGCCAGUUGGAGCAUGGAACCACCAGGAGUAUGGAUUCAUGGCCUCCCUUUGGAUCUUGUGGCUCCUGGCCUCCCUGUGGAGUAUCAGUAUUAUCCGGCCACUGAGAUAUCUAGUUGCUGCCUCCAAACAUCUGUCCCUACUAGCUCUACCAGAGGGAAGCUGGUUGAUCUUGAUCAUGCUGCUGCUGCUGCAGCAGCCACACAGAAUUUUGAUCCGAUCGAGAAAGAAGCAGCACAAGAGCUUGAGGUUGAUUUGCAGAACAUGGUCCUGAAGAUCCAUGUCGAUCCGAUCCAUGUGUUCGAGAAAGCAGCGCACGACUACAAGGCUGGUGUGGACUUGAUGAGACUGAAGAUCCACAGGUACCCUGCAACCAUCCGAGCCCUCGGCGAGCUCUACACCGUCCCGACGACGGUGGCCAUCGGGCCCUACCACCACGGCCGGAACCACCUCAAGCCGGCGGAGAAGGUGAAGCACGUCGCCGCCUACCACUGCAUCAGGGAAUCGGGCCGCCCCGUCCAGGAGAUCUACGACGCGGUGGUCCACGCCGCCGGCGACGCCCGGAGCCUCUACGACGGGGGCGCGGUGGCCGGCGUCGGCGACGACGACUUCCUGCCCAUGAUGUUCUACGACGCGUGCUUCCUGGUCCAGUACAUGCUCACGUGCACCCGCGCCGGACUCGCCCAGAUGGACCCGGCGCUGCGGAGCUUCUUUGACGCCAACGACAACGACGUGUUCCGCGACAUCAUGCAGCUCGAGAACCAGCUCCCGUGGCGGGUGGUCGAGGCCGUCAUGAGGUUCAGGCCCGUGUCCGUGACGGAGUUCGUCGCGUCGCUGAGGGGGUGCCUGCAGGACCGCAAGGUGAACAACUCCGACGAGAAGCCGUGCGCCCUGGACGAGGGCUACGAGCCGCCGCACCUCCUGGGCCUCCUCCGGUUCUACAUCGUCGGGAGGAGCCAUGCCAAGCUGCCGGCGCUGCCGGAGACCGACGCGAUCUCGUUCUCCGUCAGCACCAUCGAGCUCGCCGAGAUCGGCGUCACGCUCACGCCCAACAGGACCACCGAGCUCAUCCACAUGGGCAUCAAGGAGAAAGGGAACCUCUUCGCCGAGCUCUCGCUGGCGCCGCUGUCGCUCGACGACACGCGCGCGAGCCUGCUCGUCAACAUGGCCGCGCUCGAGCUGUGCACGACGUCGAGCUUUCACGACGCCGAGGACGAGGAGUCCGCGGUCUGCUCGUACCUGCUCCUCCUCGGCAUGAUCGUGGACAGGGAGGAGGACGUGCACGAGCUCCGAAGGAGGCGGCUCCUGCAGGGAGGAGGAGGGCUCACCAACAGGGAGGCGCUGGAGUUCCUGACGAGCCUCCAGGGGCUGCGCCUCGGGUCGCGCUACGUGCGCACCAUGGAAGAGAUCGAGAACUACAAGUUGAAGCGGAGGACGAGGACCAAGGUGCACGCGUUCGUUUACAGGAACAUGAAAACAAUCGUCGCUGCCAUGUCCGCCAUUGGUGCAGUUGCAGGUAUCGUUGGGACGCUCAAGUCGCUCAAGGUCGUCCAUUGAUCUGGGAUGCUGUGAGAUGUUAGUUAGUUACAACUGUUACAUACUUUCCUCGGUAAUUAAAAUUAUUCCCUGCAUCUGAAUGCCAUUGGCAGCAAAAUGUGAUGUUGGAUAUCCAUCUUAUUAACCUUCUGAUUCUCUGGCUUGUUCUGGGGACUGUGCUGUGUAUUUGUCAGCUGGCAAGCUACCUGUAUACGAGAUUGGUUACCUCCAU